AUGAUAUCUAUAAUGAACCGAUUUCACAUUACUACGGAUAUGGAGAUGAGAGUAACAAUUCUCUUAAAAGUUAUAUGUGGUAUUCAACUGGUGAUACUGAUUGUAGUGAUCAGGAUGAUUAUGAUCCUUAA